CUCUUUACUCCACAGGGAUAAAGACAGACACAACUUCGGUCCGCUCGCGGAGCGAAGGGGAGAGAAACACGCACGGCACGAGACGGAAAAUAUAAUAACAAUAAUUUAUAUAUUUAAAAAAAAAAUGACACGGACGGCCGCCAUCGCGUUCAUAUCUCUUUUGUGGAUAUUUAAGAGAGCAUCAAGUGCGCGGGUUUAUCCUCCGAACGAAGUAACGUUGCUGGACUCCAGGACGGUGCAGGGCGAGCUGAAAUGGGUGGCGAGUCCGGCAGAGGGAGGGUGGGAAGAGGUGAGCAUCAUGGAUGAGAAGAACACGCCCAUCCGGACGUACCAGGUGUGCAAUGUCAUGGAGCCCAGCCAGAACAACUGGCUGCGGACGGACUGGAUCGCACGUGGCGGUGCCCAGCGCGUGUACAUCGAGAUCAAAUUCACGCUGCGUGACUGCAACAGCCUCCCGGGAGUCAUGGGCACCUGCAAAGAGACCUUCAACCUCUACUACUACGAGUCCAACAAUGAUAAGGAGCGCUACAUCCGCGAGAACCAGUUCAGCAAAAUCGAUACCAUUGCCGCUGAUGAGAGUUUCACUCAGGUGGACAUUGGCGACCGCAUUAUGAAGCUGAACACAGAGGUGCGGGAUGUGGGUGUUUUGACCCGAAAGGGCUUCUAUCUGGCCUUCCAGGAUGUGGGAGCGUGCAUCGCCCUGGUGUCCGUGCGGAUCUUUUACAAGAAGUGCCCUCUGACCGUGCGCAAUCUGGCCCAGUUCCCAGACACCACCACUGGGGCAGACACCUCUUCGCUGGUAGAGGUACGUGGGUCCUGUGUGGACAACUCGGAAGAGCGGGAAGUGCCCAAGAUGUAUUGUGGGGCAGAUGGUGAAUGGCUGGUUCCUAUUGGAAACUGCCUGUGCAACCCAGGUUUUGAGGAGCGAACAGGAGCCUGCCAAGCCUGUAAGAUAGGCUACUACAGGGCCUUGGCUACAGACAGCACCUGUUCAAAGUGCCCUCUCCACAGCUACUCUGUCCGAGAGGGCUCCACAUCCUGCACAUGCGACAAGGGCUACUUCCGCUCUGAGACGGAUCCAGCGUCCAUGCCCUGCACUCAGCCUCCAUCCGCCCCCCAGCACCUCAUCUCCAAUGUGAAUGAGACGUCAGUCAACCUGGAGUGGUCGCCCCCAGUGUCAUCAGGCGGGAGACAGGAUCUGACCUAUAACGUGGUGUGUAAGCGGUGCGGUCCGGAUGGUCAGCGGUGCCAGACCUGUGGUAGCGGCGUCCACUACUCACCCCAGCAGUUGAGCCUGCGUACUACGCGUGUCUCCAUCAAUGACCUUCAGGCACAUACCAACUACACCUUCCAAGUAUGGGCUGUCAAUGGGGUGUCCCAGCAGAGCCCCAGCCCUGAGCAGGCCGUAUCUGUCACUGUCACCACCAACCAGGCUGCUCCCUCUCCGGUUACUUCCAUCCAGGCCAAGGACAUCACCAGGCAUGCUGUGUCUCUGGCAUGGCAGCAGCCCGAGAGGCCUAACGGAGUCAUCCUGGAAUACGAGGUCAAGUACUAUGAGAAGGAUCAAAACGAGCGCAGCUAUCGGAUAAUGAAGACUUCGUCCCGCAGCGCUGACAUCAAAGGCCUGAGCCCACUCACCUCCUACGUCUUUCACGUGCGCGCUCGCACUGCCGCCGGCUACGGAGAAUUCAGCGCCCCUUUCGAAUUCAUGACCAAUUCAGUUCCUUCCCCUAUCAUUGGAGAUGGCGCUAAUUCCACAGUGCUUCUGGUGUCCGUCAUCGGCAGUGUGAUUCUGCUGCUCAUCUUCAUCGGAGUCUUCGUCAUCAGCCGCAGGAGGAGUAAAUACAGCAAAGCUAAGCAGGACUCAGAUGAAGAGAAGCACCUUCACCCAGGGGUCCGGAUCUAUGUCGACCCUUUCACUUAUGAGGACCCCAACCAAGCCGUCCGUGAAUUCGCCAAAGAGAUCGACGCCUCCUGCAUUAAGAUCGAAAAGGUCAUCGGGAUCGGAGAGUUUGGUGAAGUGUGCAGUGGCCGCCUGAAGAUGCCAGGCAAGAGAGAAAUCUGUGUGGCCAUCAAAACCCUCAAAGCUGGAUACACAGACAAACAGCGGCGGGACUUCCUGAGUGAGGCCAGCAUCAUGGGCCAGUUUGACCACCCCAACAUCAUCCGGCUGGAGGGAGUGGUCACCAAAUGUAAACCAGUAAUGAUAAUCACUGAAUACAUGGAGAAUGGCUCCCUUGAUGCCUUCCUUAGGAAGAACGAUGGGCGUUUCACGGUUAUCCAACUGGUCGGAAUCCUGCGUGGAAUUGCAUCAGGAAUGAAAUACUUGUCGGACAUGAGUUAUGUCCAUCGUGACUUGGCUGCACGCAACAUCCUGGUCAACAGCAACCUGGUGUGUAAAGUGUCCGAUUUUGGCAUGUCUCGAGUGCUGGAAGAAGACCCUGAUGCAGCCUACACAACAAGGGAAAUAAUGGGAACCUAUCAAUCGCAGGGGGGAAAAAUCCCCAUUCGCUGGACGGCUCCAGAGGCCAUCGCCUACAGGAAGUUCACCUCGGCCUCCGACGUGUGGAGCUACGGCAUCGUCAUGUGGGAGGUGAUGUCGUACGGAGAGCGACCGUACUGGGAUAUGAGCAACCAGGAUGUCAUAAAAGCUAUUGAAGAGGGCUACAGACUCCCCCCUCCAAUGGACUGCCCUGUGUCCUUGCAUCAGCUGAUGCUGGACUGCUGGCAAAAAGAGAGAGCCGAGAGGCCCAAGUUCAGCCAGAUCGUUAACAUGCUGGAUAAACUCAUCCGCAAUCCCAACAGCCUGAAAAGGACCGGUGGAGAAAUAGCCAGACCCAACACAACCCUUCUAGAACCCAGUAGUCCAGAGUUCUCUUCUCCCCUGGGCUCCAUUUCUGAUUGGCUACAGGCCAUCAACAUGGAACGUUACCGGGACAACUUCACCGCCGCCGGCUACACCACACCAGAAGCUGUGGUCUCCAUGACGCAAGAAGACAUGACUAGGAUAGGGAUCUGCUCCAGCACACACCAGGACAAGAUCCUCAGCAGCGCACAGGGAAUUCUGUCCCAGAUGCAACAGAUACAGGACAGGAUGGUUCCUGUCUGAACACAUAGCAUCGGAAGACGAAACUCAAAAUGUACUUUUUCUUUUCUUGUUUUUGUUUUUUUUUUGUUUGUUUUUGAAAGGAAAUCCAUUUACCUCAUCCAUGCACUUUAAAUUGAAUUGUUUAAGAAGAAGAAGGAAAAAAAAACAAACGACAAGAGGAGAAAGAGGAGGAACUGAAGACGAGAAUGGCGAAAUUACACAGCACUUUUUCGGACGAAGACACCCAGUCAUUUUGAUUGGAGGAUUCUCCGCCUCAUGGUGUUGUGACAUACUGGAUAUUAUUCUAGAAGGCUCUUUGACCAUGCCUUUGCUAGACAGUGGAACUAAGAGGGCAUGCUCUUUUUCUCUGCUCCACCUUUUUUGUAUGUAUGUGUCAGUAUGUAAAUAAGUAGGUCUUUUGGAUUUAUUUCCCUCGUGCCAUUUUUCCUGCCAUUUCGUCAAUUUUUAGCUGAGUCAGUGCACCUGGCAAUUUAAAGCAGGGGCUGUAAAAUGAUGGUAUGAGAAGUGUAAAAAAAAAAAAGACAUUUUUGAGCUCUUUAUUUUUUUUGUUCGGGGGUUUCUGGCUCUGUGUGCUUAUCAUGCUGGGGGAGAGGCAUUUGUCUUCAGCGCAUACGGAAUGGAACUGGGUCUGGAAUAUCUCCAGUUUUCCCCACCCUUUGAAAUGGAAUAUCUGUCUCCACUCCGCAAUUCUUCUCCCCGCUCUGCUUGGCUGGGAACUCAUGCGCACCGCUUGGAUUAGAGAAUGCUGCACUGAGUUUACAUCUCUUUCUCUCUCUCCAACUUGGUCUCCAAGGCACCCCCCCCCCUCUUCCCUGUUCUCACUCUCUUGCUCCAUCUCCUUCUCUCUCUUUCCCUUCUCCCUCCUCCACCCCCCCCCACUAUCCGAAGACCCCCGACAGGCCCUGAAAUCCUCACACGUCUCACUUACUGGAAGUUGCGGCAGGACAGAGCUAAGCGUCAGGCUCGGUAUGUCUGCAGCGGCGCGAUGUCCUUCACCGCCUCAGCGCCAAAACAUGGCAAGCCUCAUAUCAUGACUGCCUCCUCACUGGGCCCAGGACUACAAUUCCCAGGACAAUUCCCAGGGUCCAAUGGCAUGAGAAGGCAAAACAAAUGUCAAACAAGCCGAGGAGAGGAAUCUUCAGCCCAUGAUUACAUAUUUUGGGUUUUAUCUUUUUUCUCCGCAUUGCACAGUUACAAGGCAUGCUGUCACGUAUGCUAGCAACUAGCGCUCAGCUCAGUGUGCUCUUCAUGUGCUUUCUGUUCUGUCUAGGAUGACAGUUUGUUUUGAGAAAAACGCACACAAAGAAGACAGGCAUACAGUGUGUGCUAAGACUACAGAGUGCUAACUUGUGGCUACUUGCAGGAAAAGAAUACGGCAAACUGGUUCGCUGUUUGUUAAACCACGCUGUUUUUUUUUUUUUUUCUUCUGCCAAAACAAGGAAUUCUCCAGAGACUGUAGCUAAAACACAGCCCUUCUGGAGCUGUGGAAGUCAUUUGUGAAUUCAGAACAUAAUAAAGCUAAAGGGAACGGCUUGGAAAGUGGACAGCGGAAAAAGGCACAUUUGUACCUAGAAUAAACUUAUUGCAGGAAUGCUUAUGAAAAGGGAAAAAGACUCUUGACAUUUCACUUGUUUCAUGACUCAUGUCAUCCCAUCCUCUCCAUGAGGCUUUUCUUGUUUAACACGAGGGGUUUUCAGCGUGAUGUGUGAAGCCUCCGACCCCAAAAUCUGCUCCUUUCCUUAAAUCUUUCUUUUUUUCUUCCUCACUUCUCGCUCUCAGCCUUUGAGGACCUGUUUGGAAUAUGCAAGGAAUGUGGGGGAGGUUGAGAUCUAUAGAAUGUACUGUGCCAAGCUUCUUAAUGUAGUUUAUUCUGGGGAAUCGAACUAACACAUCGAAUUUGUUUUCUCUGUUAAUCUAGUCAUAUAGAUUAACAUUGUGCUUAUUUGCAUCUAUGUAUACUGCCAUUGUUUUUUUUUUCUCUCUUUUUUUAUUUUAAUGAUUUUAGGUACAUGAAACAUGUCAUUUAUUUAUGGUCUUUUUUAUCUAGUUUGUAAAUUGUAAAAUAGAAAUAUGAGGGGAAAAUAAAUGAUUGCCAAGUGCAUUGUAA